AUGCACUCGCCGCGUUUCUCGCCGAACACCUCUCCGCGAAUCUCUCCACAAAUCGCGUCAACCUCACAAACGUCGUUGAAUCAAUUGGGCUAUCCGCAAACGAGCGAUGCUCCAUAUCCACCACCAUCAAAUGGAUAUUCGACAGCGUUUCUCGAUCCAACCGCUUGUCGUCGACGAUUGCCGCCAACGCCGGCGAGGAGAGCGUCCUCGCCGAGAAUGUUGCCCACUCCACCACCAUCUUCACCCGAUUUUCGAGCUCCGUCAGCACAAUUGUUGGAGAGAAGGCCAUCAGGCAGAUUGCUGCCAAAGACGCCGAUGGAGUCGUGUCUCUCCUCUCCAUCACCGUCACUCGGCUUAACGAGCUCGCGAUAUUCCACACCAGAUCCUGUCACUCCGCCAUACACUCAAGAGGAUUUCCAUUCGUAUCAGCAAAUUCCUGACGUAAUGAUCGAGGCCUCGUCCAGAGCCAGCUCUAGACCAGGCUCGAUUCGAAGAAUCGUGCCCGAAGUGGUCGAGAGUUUAGACUAUGAUGAUAAAAUGGAGGAAGAGGUUGAAGAUGUGGACACGGGAUGCGACGAGGAGGUGGAAAACGAUUUUACUGUGCCAAAGAUCUGCCGAGAACAGCAACGAGUCGUUGAGACGCCCGACGAGGGAGUGCAAUCACAGUGCAGCAGUCAGAGUCCGUCGUUUGACCGCAUUGAACAGCUUGCCUCCAAAUCGAACAGUGAGACUGGCUCGGUUGGCGGAGAUGCGCUCGCGCACGGGCUUGACCCGUCACUCUAUAGCUCUCGAGCCUCACCACCGAAUGAACCGAUACUUAUUCGACGAGCUAGCGCUGUCACUCCGGGCACUGUCCCCAGCUCAUCAUCGUUCAACAAUGGAGCCGCUGAGCAACCGGUUUCCACUGGUUUGGGUCUUCUUUACUGCACCAUUCAACAUUUCCCUGUUCGGAAACGAUUACGCGUGAAUAUUUUAAAGAUUGAAGCUUUGGCUGGCCAACUCAAGCCCGAAAUGGAGAUCCACGCGCAAUGCCGAGUCUCAAUUCCAAGCCAUAAAACAGGCAAAGAGCAAUCGUCUGAAGUGAAACGGGGAAGAGAUCCAGUUUAUAAUCAGGAGUUCUUCUUCGACAAUGUGACUCUCGAGGAUUUGGACACGAAAUCCAUCCAUUUAGGCGCCUAUCACGCUGGUGGGGCGGCAAAACUGCAAAAAGAUGUGCUCAUUGGCGAAUGCACGAUUCCGCUCCGAGAAAUCCGCGAACUGAACACGAAACGAGAGGUGAAAAUCAUCGAAGAGUUCAAGGCUCAAGUCGGAAAUAAGAAACUUGGGAAAAUCCACAUCACAUCUUGCAUCGAGAAAGAAGCUCGUCGCUUAACGAUUAACGUCAAAAAAGCUGAUGAUUUGCCGAGAUGGGGUUUUCUUGGAGCGCCGGAUGUCUGCGUGAAGAUCACCGUCGAUCAAGGUGGUCUAGCGAAAACGAAAUGCUCUCGCGUCCUCAAGAGUACCACCACCGCUGUUUACAAUGAAGCUGUGAUGUUUCUCUUUAAUCCGUCGAAAAACGAGCUUGCAAAUACGAAAAUCACCAUUUCCGUGCACGAUAUGCAAAGAACAUGUACCGGUGAUGAUAUUAUCGGUGAGGCGUAUUUGGGCGUGCUGGCACAGGACAAAACCGAAGUGGAACAGUGGAAGAACACCGUCGAGCAUAUGGGAAAAGAGUAUAAGGGUUCUCAUCACCUAAAAACCCCUCAAUCUUCUUCUCCGUCCGUCCACGUGGCCGAGGCUGAAGAUGGCGGUGACGACGAA